AUUCCGAAGCUGUUAAACCCUACCGAUAGCUCUCUCCCUGAACAUCCGUUUUCCUUAAACCCUGAAGAGCUAGAAUCGGUAGCUCUCUCCCAAAACCACCACCGCCAUGAAAAGCCACACAAAACAAGAAUCUAAAUCUAAACCUGAACCUGAAACUGAACCCACAUUCAAAGAUGACUCAGAUAUCUGCCAACAACUCAUGUCCCGUUACUCAUCUUCCAAGGCCAUCCAUCACCGCCACCUCCUCGCCACCGCCGCCGCCAUCCGCUCCAUGCUCUCUCCCGACAACUCCCAACCCCUCCGCCCGUCUGCUUACUUCGCCGCUGCGAUUGAUAACCUGCGUAAUCACGAAACGUUAGAUUCCACUGCUAUUGCGGCGCUUUUAUCAUUUGUUUCGAUACUAGCGCCGUUAAUUCCGGAGAAAGAGAUAGAGAGUGAUAAGGCGAGUGAAGCCGUGAAGGUGUUGGUGGCGGUGGUGGAGAGAAAGGAAUUAGGGCUAGGCGCAGCGAGUGUGAGCUGUGUGGUAAAGUGUUUGGGGUUUUUGAUUGUUGCACAUUGUGAUUUAGAGAAUUGGGAGUUUUUAAAGUUAGGGUUUGAAACUGUUCUUAAGUUUUGCAUUGAUAAGCGGCCAAAGGUUAGAAGGGCUUCUCAAGAUUGUCUUGAGAAGAUUUUGAAGUCUUUGAGGUCCUCUUCUGCUGUAAUCAAGGAAUCUAGUAAAUUGGUUCUAUCAAUGCUCAAGAAUUACAAGGCCAAUGCACGUGGUCUGUGUGAGUUAAAGUUUGUGGAUGGUUCUAAAGAUGAAACACUAUCAAAACCUGGGAAUUUAGAGGUUUUGUAUAUGCUAAAUUUACUUAAGGAUGUUGUUCCAUAUCUUUCUGUCAAGACCAGUUCGAAACUUUUGUCAGAAUUACUUAAGCUUAUUCGUCCACAUUUCUCACCUCUUACAAGACAUAUUUUUAGAAGUACUGAAGCUUUUUUUGAGACUUCAAAAGAGGAAGUAAUCGGCCCUCAGUUGGAGAACAUUAUAAAUUCUCUUUGUUUAUAUGUAACCGGUGGAGAGAAGAACCCAGUGGAUACUGUCAUUUCUGCAGGAAAUUUAUUAAGAAUUGCUUUAAACAAACUUCACGCAUUGGGUUCAAGGUCCCCGUGGAUGAGGAAUGUUCCUAAAGUUUUUUGCUCUGUAGCUGCAGGGCUUUUGACUUGUCAGACUACCGCUGCAUCACAGGCAUCAGAUAUCUUGAAGGAGAUGAUCAACCAAUGUAUAGAUGAAAGAAAGCUCUUAACUGAUGAUAGCCAUUCAUUUGAAGAUGUAAGUCCAGAAAGCCAGGAAGGGGAUAUGUUGAAAUCAACAUGCAUUGUUUUUGAGAAUACCUUAAGCUCUUGCAAUGGAGCUCCAGAUGAGCAUCUCUUGCAAGUCAUAUCUGCUUUGUUUUUGAAGCUCCGAGAGGUCUCAUUCAUCUUCAUGAAGGAUAUUGUUCUCAAGCUUGCUUACUUGAUGAAUAGUAUGAUCCAGGAGGCCAAGGAUAAAUAUGAAGCAAAUCAUAUUGUGCAGCUUCAGAAUUGCAUCGGAAGUGCUGUAGUUGCCAUGGGUCCAGAGAGGAUACUUACACUUAUACCCAUCUCUGUUCAUGCUGAUAAUUUUACCUGUUCGAAUUUCUGGUUGAUACCAAUACUGAAGAAACAUGUGGCUGGAGCAUCACUAGGGUAUUUCAUGGAACAUAUUGUGCCUCUUGCAAAAUCCUGCAUGCGAGCCAGUAAAAAAGUUAAAAAGUCAGUAAUAGGUGAAGAUCUGCAGGCUUAUGCCCAUGGUCUCUGGGGUCUGCUCCCUGCCUUCUGUAACUAUCCUGUUGAUACUCAUAAAAAGUUUGGGUCUUUGGCUCAACUUCUGACUACCUUUCUAAAGGAAGAUUCAUUCAUGCAUCAAACUAUUGCCGUUUCCUUACAGACUCUUGUGAAUCAAAAUAAAAGUGCAGUUAUCUCUAAGAAUACUGCUAGUGAGUCACAUGACAAUUCAGUGAAGGAUACUCUCUUGGAAUCCAGGACCUCUUAUUCGAAAAAAACUGCAGCGAAAAACAUCAAGGUUUUGUCAUCGCAUGCGCCCGAGUUGCUUCAGGCUCUAGUGGACUUAUAUGUUGAUUCUCCACCAGAGAAGCGCGCAUAUAUAAAGGAUGCUGUUGGUUGCCUGGCUUCCAUUACUGAUUCUUCUGUUACCAAAAACAUUUUGAUGCCAUUGCUUAAGAGGUUUCAGCUUGUGAAUGACACAGGAGAGUUUGAACAGCCAAUGAACAAGGAAGAUGAAUUGAUUGAAACAAAGCAAGAAAAUUUUAAUGCAAACGAGAAAGAUGAAAAGAGGUGUUUGAUCAUGGAGUUAAUGUCUUCUCUCAUUGAAGGAGCCAAAGAGGAUCUGAUCAGUCUAAUAUAUAAUUAUGUUGUUCAUAUAUUUAAGGGUGAUGUUCUGAAUUGCUAUUGUGAAGCAUACCACACUUUAAGCAGAAUUUUGAAGAAACAUGCUCAGUUUUGCUCUUCUCAAUUUGAGGAGUUGAUAGACUUGUUAAUUGGCCUGAAGCCUCCUACUGAGAUUUCUUCCCUUAAAAAUCGAUUUGCUUGUUUCCAUAUUCUUUUGAAUCACACGUUAGAGAUCUGCUUGGAGGAGGAAAAUACAAAGGCUUUUCUCAUCCUCAAUGAGAUUAUACUUGCUUUAAAGGAUGCGAAUGAUGAAUUUAGGAAAGUGGCUUAUGACACACUCCUUAUGUUGAGCUCCUCCAUCAGAAAUCUAUCACUUGCAGGUUCUGGUGAACCUUAUCACAGACUGGUCAACAUGAUAAUGGGUUAUCUAUCGGGCCCAUCCCCUCACAUAAUAAGUGGAGCAGUUUCAGCACUGUCUUUACUGGUAUAUAAUGAUGCAGACAUCUCUCUCAAGAUGCCUGAUCUUGUUCCUUCACUCUUAUCAUUGCUGCAUACCAAAGCUGUGGAAGUCAUAAAAGCUAUUUUGGGUUUUGUGAAAGUACUUGUAUCAUCCUUGGAAGCUAAAGAGUUGCAGAAUUUUCUACCUGACAUAACCAACGGCAUACUCCUCUGGUCAACUGUCUCCAGGUUUCAUUUUAGAUCCAAGGUAACAGUGAUAUUGGAGAUUAUGAUGCGGAAGUGUGGUUCUACUGCUGUUGAGUUAGUUACACCAGAGAAGCAUAAGAGUUUUGUUAAAACUGUUUUGGAGAAUCGUCAUCAUAAAAAAACUUCAAAGGAAGAUUCAGCUGACAUGGAAAUAAAGCUUGCAGAUUCUUCGUCAAGCGAUAAGAUUAGAAAGCGAAAGCAGAAAGACUUUGGUUCUGUAGCUGGUGAAAAGUCUUCAAUGAGGAAGAGAACAAGAAAAAAUAAGGAAAAUGAGAACCCUCCUACUUCAGCAGAGCCUCAUAUAACAAGUGGUAAUGGUGGUGCAACUGAAGAGACUAAAAGAAACGGGAACUUAAAAUAUGAAAAACCUGCAAAGGGUCCAUCCGCUGAUAAUGGAAAAAAGAGGAAAUUUAUCAAAGAGCCGACUGGUGGUGGGAAAAAAAGCGUGGAACAAAGAAACACGAGCAAGGAAGGGGAAACUGUAUCUCAUAGAGCUCCUUACACUCCCAAAUUCCGCAAACACAAUAAAUUUGGGAAGAAGUAGAAAAGUUGGUGACUGUUGUAGGCUGUGCAGCACAUUACAGUGCUUCCAAAUUGCACAAAAGAAGAAAUUCGAAUAGAUGGAACUUGGAGCAGAGGAGCAUCAGCAAGAAAGGUGAAACAGCAUCUCAUAGAUCUCCGAAUUCCGAAUUCUGCAAACACAAUUAAUUUUGGAAGAAACAAAAUAUUUAUUGCUUAGUGCAGGCUAUGUAGCACAACAUAAAAGGAAAAAGUAUAGUAGAUACAGAUCCUUAAAACUGGAGUAGUUGCUUCUACAGCUGUUGUAAGAAAUUUCACCUGCCAAAGCAAUUAUAAACUCGAUGCGAGAGAUAAAUGGCACCAGUCUCGAGCAUGGAGGAGAUGAGCAACGGUGCAUCAUUUUUCAUACCAAUUGAAGAUAUCUAAUCAAAGAAGUAUGAUAGUUUCUCUGGAACUUAUAAUGUCAUAACUUGCCAAAUUUUGAAGUAAUGAAAUUGGAUACUGAUAUUAACGUGUAUUUCUGUUUCUAGUAGUACUUGUGCUUGUGGAAAUUUGAAAAUAAUGUAUUAUUUAUCAUAGUGGGAGAUUAUGAGAGUCCGAGUUGAAAUUAUUUAAGAUAGGGUGACAAAGAUCUGUUGUGCAAACAUGAUUUUAUGAACUCGAUCCAGUUGCCACAA